GAAAGAGAGAAGAGAGGAGAGAAGAGAGAGAAGAGAAGAAGAGAAAGAAGAGAGAGAAGAAGAAGAGAGAGAGAAAGAAAGAAGAAGAAGAGAAAGAGAGAGAGAAGAGAGGAGAGAAGAAAGAGAGAAGAGAAGAAGAGAGGAAGAGAGAGAGAGAAGAAGAGAAGAAGAGAGAAAGAAGAGAAGAGAGAGAGAGAAGAAGAGAGAAGAGAGAAAGAAGAAGAGAGAGAGAAGAAGAAGAAGAAGAGAGAAGAAGAGAAGAGAAGAGAGAGAGAGAAGAGAGAAGAAGAGAGAAGAGAGAGAGAGAGAGAGAAGAGAGAGAGAAAGGAGAAAGAAGAGAGGAGAGAAGAGAAGAAGAGAGAGAAGAGAAGAAGAGAGAGAAGAGAAGAAGAAGAAGAGAAGAAGAGAAGAAGAGAAGAGAGAGAAGAGAAAGAAGAGAGAGAGAGAAAGAGAAGAAAGAAGAGAGAAGAGAAGAGAAGAGAGAGAGAAGAGAAGAAGAAAGAAGAGAGAAGAAGAAAGAGAGAAGAAGAGAGAGAAGAAAGAGGAGAGAAAGAGAGAGGAAGAAGAAAGAAGAGAAGAAAGAGAAGAAGAGAAGAAGAGAGAGAAAGAGAGAGAGAAGAGAAGAAGAGAAGAGAAGAGAGAGAAAGAAGAAGAGAAGAAGAGAGAGAAGAAAGAGAGAGAGAAGAAAGAGAGAAGAGAAGAAGAAGAGAAAAGAGAGAGAAGAGAAGAAGAGAGAAGGAGAAGAGAGAGAGAAGAAGAAGAAGAGAGAGAGAGAAGAAGAGAAAGAGAAAGAAAGAAGAGAGAAGAGAGAGAAGAGAGAAGAAGAAGAAAGAAAGAAGAGAAGAAGAAGAGAAGAGAAGAAAAGAGAGAGAGAGAAGAGAGAGAAAAGAAGAGAGAAGAAGAAAGAAGAAGAGAAGAGAGAGAGAAAAGAGAAGAGAGAAGAGAGAUAGAGAGAAGAAAGAAGAGAAGAAGAAGAAGAAGAGAAGAGAAGAAGAGAGAAAGAGAAGAGAGAGAAGAGAAGAGAAGAAAAGAAGAAGAGAAGAGAGAAGAAGAGAAGAAGGAAGAAAGAGAGAAGAGAGAGAGAAGAGAAGAGAAGAAGAAGAAGAGAAAGGAGAAGAGAAGAGAAGAGAGAAGAAGAGAGAGAAGAGAGAAAGAGAAGAAGAGAAGAAAGAAGAGAAGAGAGAGAAGAGAAGAAGGAGAGAGAGAGAAGAGAGAAGAGAAGAAGAGAAAGAGAGGAGAGAGAGAAAGAGAAGAGAGAGAAGAGAGAAGAGAAGAAGAGAAGAAAGAGAAAGAAGAGAAGAAGAGAAGAAGAGAGAAGAGAAGAGAGAGAAGAAGAAGAGAAGAGAAGAAGAGAAGAGAAGAAGAGAAAGAAGAAGAAGAGAAGAGAAGAAGAGAAGAAGAAGAGAAGAAAGAAGAGAAGAGAGAAGAGAAGAGAAGAGAAGAGAAGAGAGAGAGAAAGAGAGAAGAGAAGAAGAGAGAGAGAAAGAGGAGAGAGAGAAAGAAGAGAAGAGAAGAGAAAGAGAGAAGAAGAAGAAAGGAGAAGAAAGAAGA